AUGAAGGAGUCUGGACACGGGCUGGAGAACGCGAGCGUGUGGCGCGUGGUGGUGCCGCGCGGGCCGGAGCCCGCCGGUGCCGGCGUGGGCGUAGGCGUGGGCGUGGGCGCGCUGGAGCCGCCGGUGCCCUGGGGCUACGGCGGGCAGCCGCCGCCGCCGCCUCCCUCCUCCCUGAAGAGGGCGCUCAGCGAGAGCGACGACUGUGACGACGUCUUCUCGGAGGAGUCCUCCAAGGACCGGUGCUCGUCGCCGGGCGACGCGGACAGCUGCCAGCUGCUGAGCCGCAAGAAGCGGCGCGGCAUCAUCGAGAAGCGGCGGCGCGACCGCAUCAACACGUCGCUGAGCGAGCUGCGCCGCCUCGUGCCCGCCGCCUUCGAGAAGCAGGGCUCCGCCAAGCUGGAGAAGGCCGAGAUCCUGCAGCUCACCGUCGACCACCUCAAGAGCCUGCACGCCAAAGGCGUGGACGCGUUCGCGUACGACCCGCACAAGUUCGCGAUGGACUACCACGGGCUGGGCUUCCGCGAGUGCGCGGCCGAGGUGGCGCGCUACCUGGUGACGGUGGAGGGGCUGGACGUGCAGGACCCGUUGCGCCUGCGCCUCAUGUCGCACCUGCAGUGCUGCGCCGCGCAGCGCGAGCUCGCCGCCAAGCAGGCCGGCCCGCCGCCCGCAUGGCCCUACCCCCCCGCGCCCGCGCCGCAGCCCUACGGCGCCGAGCACCCGUUCGCCGCCGAGCUGGCGGCCGCCUCCUCGGGGGCGGGCGCCGCCUCCGGGGGCGGCGGCGGCGCCCAGCAGCAGUGCCAUACGCCGCCCACCUCCACCGCCGUCUCCUCGGCGGGCAGGCACCCCCAGCAGCAGAACCCCGCGACGACGAGCGCCACGUCGGCGGCCGGCGCCGCCUCGCUGGGCUACGCGGCGCCGCCGCCCUCGCAGUACCACAUGAGCCUCAACUCGUUCCCCUCGGCGUCUGGCGGCGCACACCACCAGACGCCCUUCAACUCGGCCGGCGCGAAGCCGUACCGGCCGUGGGGCGCCGAGGUCGCCUACUGAACGCCCGUGUUCCGUCGACUCACAUCUUCGUCUACAGACUAUACUCCGAGGACAGUAUGUCGAAGAGAUUCUGCGAUAUUCUUCUAGUCUCUGGGAAACCUCGCACCAGUAGCAACGAUUUCCGUACGGCUACAAAGUAACUUCGAGGGUCGAUCACUUAUAUACAUAUACGACAAGAAAGCUUCACUAUGCAGCAGUGUGCGCCAAGCUUAGAGAUUAAAAUUAUUUCUGACAGGAACUCAUAUAUUUCUGUGUCGCAGAAAACACUGUCAGUCAGAGCUGUUCUAUCCUGACGUACAGAGCAGCACAGUACUCUGCCGUCGCUUCUCGCCUACCUUUUGAUACUCCAUCGUAAUACUCGUACUUUUGUAAGUAGAACUGGACAGAUCCAAUCAAAUUAUAUGGAUUUAUAAAUUACCUCUAUUCCUCUCUAUGCUUCGUUACGGGUAACAAGAAGAAAUAAACCCAAGAAAAGAUUCAUCCUUCUGACACUGAAGAGUACCAGUACGAUAGAAUUUGAUUCGUUGUUCGUGGGAAAUAUAGUAACGCAGAAUAAAUAUCUGACUAGCAAACAGGCGAAUUCGGUACAGGAAAUACAUCACUAAAACUGAACUGGCGUUCAGUAUUUAAAUGGAAUUAUGUCUCAAACAUUUAUGCAAAAUUUAAUUUCGAACACGAUAGGUACUAACAACCAAAAUAAUAGAGAAUUUAUUUUCUAAAUGUUCUUUAAGACAGACAAACUGAAUGAUGUAGCAAUCGCGUAUUUUGCGAGGGUAAAUGAAACAAAGAAUCAGAACAUUAUUCUACAUAUGUUAAUCUUUACGAGUUUACAUUUAUCACCUGAGUAAUAGUAUUCUUUCACUCUCGUAGUAGAAGUUCACCAAACCCACAUACAGCAAACUGACCUUUGCUUCCUUACUCUGUACCUAACUCUAAAUAAUAAUUGGGUUGUAGGCAACAUAACUGAGACGCUGCCCCGUAUAGAUCUUCCAAUUUCCCCCUACUUAACUCAAGUACUGUAUGGUAUUGUCUUGUAACUGUAGAGAAGGACGCUGGCUGUUCAGUUUCUCACAGUAAUUGUCAGCAGUAAGCACUUCGAACAGUUCGUAUCAAUACAAAAAAGCUAAAAAAAGCUAAAUUAACGACGCAAAGACCGCCAUAUGAAACUUGUAACAGGUAACAAGGAUUUUGAAUUCUGUGUGGCUCCUUCGUCUAGUUAUCGUCAUUGCAAGUUACAUCAUUUCAUACUAGUGAAAUUUAGUAUUUCACCGUAGACCGUCGAGUUCACCAGAUGCUCUGUUACAGCUGGUUUAAGACCCUCGAGCAUGUCACUCAUCGUGAAGAUCAGUACACAAAUGGUGGCAUAAAUAAUUAAUCGACCCUGCGCACAGCUGCAAAAGAAAACAUUUUUAUUUAGAAAAUUAUCCUUUAAAAGUGGUCGACCCUAGUAACAUAACAGAAGAUUUCACAAGAAGUGAAUUCUGUAGCCUAAAAUAGUAGUUUCCAGUUUCAAGAAGUGAUCGUCACAGGAGAAGAAUUAUUCCCGUGUCGUAUAGGUUCAAAACUUUCGGGAAAAACUUCUAAGUGCAACUCUGUCUUGCAAAAUUCUCGCGAUCGAGCUACAUCGCGAGCGAAACUUUCUACUUGUCAUUUCCCAUGAGUAGUUUCCGGCUCCAAGGGCAGCUACAAAGAAAGCACGGAAUUGACUGUGAUCGCCGACCUGUGAUAGGAAAGGCACAUAUUUCUGCUUUCAUUCCAUAUCUGUCCUACAGAAAUAUUGUUGGUAAUGCGACGUAGAGUAACUUGCGGCCCUAGUAAAAAAAAAAAAAAUGUCACGGGGAUCAUAUUCUGCGCUAGAGGUUGCCGCUAUG